GCGUCCUGGACCUCUCUUAUGCGUUCGUAGGUGGCGGUCCCACGCCGCAGAAACGAUCGGCCGCUCUCUCUAAUAUCAUGAACGUCUCCAACGCGUCACCCUCACCCACCAGAUACUCUCACCCAGAUGACCUAAAAGGGAACAUCGUACUCUCUAGUGUUGGAGGGCGAAACAAGCUCAUCAAACGGUCAACACCUCUGAAGCCGGCUCUCGUACCAGAAUACGAAGAUGAGGUCGACGUGUCUGACAAACGCGAAGAGCAGGAGCAGUAUGCUCAUCAAGCUCAAUUGGUCCAGGGGGAAUCGGAAGACUUGGUAGAGGAUGAGUUGAAAGACUUUGAUCCCACUGCUCCGGUCGCCAAGUUUGACGCUCAGCUUGAGCUCGUAGAGGAUUGGAACAAAUUCCAGAGCGAGCUCUGGCCAUACCUCCAGCGAUGGGGCGAGAGCCGUAUCGCGGCUGCUGAGCUCUCUGUCCGUAGAGUAUUCUUUGAAAUCCACGCACUCAAUGCCAGAAUUCGAGACGAGCUUGAACAAGGUGCGAAAGACAUUGAGGAACAGGAGGCUAAGCAUGAACAAACCCGUCAAUACAUCCUAGACUUCCAGAAUCAAUUGGCUCGAGUGGGUGAAAUGAUGGCUCGGUUUGGAGGACAGGGCUUGCGUGUUCAGUAAAUUGGUCAGCUAGUCAGCAAGUAGCAUUCCGAAG